UGGUCCCGGCGSAGGAGCUAGAGAAAGAGGCGGAUGACGAAAGAUAAGGAGGUGGUCGCGAGAGGAGAGAGCUCUCGCUUUAACCCGUGGAGAGGCUGUUCGUUGUUCGGACGGGGUUGCGCGCGCUCGCAUCCGUUUACCGAGAACGGGAUCCAGCAUCUCCAUCUUCUCCUCAACCGAGCCGAUGGAUCUUUGGAGUCAAGCCUAGAUGUGACCGUCAUGUUUUGGAUCUCUCCAUCCUUUAGAUAGAAAACAGAACCCCUUUCUAUAGAAACAGAAAUAAUUGACAAUUAUAAAACUAUUAUUCCUAAAAUGCACUCUCUAGCCGAACCUUCGCUCCGCCCUUGAGGCCUCGUCGCAUCGACACGAGCAGGCGGACCACCACCGCAGCGGAACCAAAGCCACACGGCCUGUUUCCCAGAGGGAAGACAAAAAACAUGAACACCAUUUCCUCUUCCUCUCCUCGGCGCGCCACCAAAGCGACCCCUGAGUCUUCCAGGACCAGGGGGGGGUCCAGCCUCGUGCCCCUUGGGUCAGUCCAGAUUGGGUUUACAGAGAAACACAGCUCCCCUCUCUACGACCAAACCCAAACCCAAAAGUGUCCGUGCAGCAGCAGCUGUGUCGAAACGCGCCCCUCCUCCUCCUCUUCUUCCUCAUCUGGACCCAACUGUAAUGAACCCAGCCUGCCUUGUCUGUGCUGCGACGGCCAUUCCCCCCAGGACAAUAACAGUCUGUUCAACCACAACCACAACAACAACAAUACCAUCUCCAUCAGACAGCAGCUGAAGCUUCAGCCCCCUCCACCACCUCCCCUGCUACCCCAGAGACAGGAGGGGACAGGGGGCAAGACCAAGACACAGGCCAGCCCCUCUCAGCCCAAGCCCCAGCCUCAGGUCCUGGCCCCGGCCYRCCCCCCUAAUGCCCUGGAACUGGAGAAAGGAAAAAAAGAUGAGGARAAUGCAGAUGUUAACAAGAACACAGAUGUGGUCAUAGACAGCAAGAAAGAAACGGAGGAAGAGAUGGAUAACAAGAAAGAAACAGAGGAGGAAGAGGAAAACAGUGUGGAUGUUGAAGUUGAUGAUGAGGAGGAGGGAGAUGAUGAUGAUGAUGAUGACACGUUGGUCCCAUCGUGCUGCGACUGCCCUCCCUCUCUCCUGGAUCUCUCCCUGACCUCCUCCACCUCCUCAUCCUCCACUUCCAUCAGCUCCUGCUCCGAUCUGGAGUCAGACUGCGCCGAUCUCUCCACCUCUCUCUCGUCCUCUGGCCACAAGUGGAACGCUGAUCUGUCAAUCUCUCAGGACGACACUCUCAUUCACGUUCCUGAACGCUACCCAGCCUCCCGUUCACCCCCUGUCCUGCUCCUCAACCCCAAACCCCCCUCUGUCUCUCGUUGCCCUUCCCCCCCCCCACACGCCUGCUCCUCAGACGAGGGCUACCCCUCCGCCCCCGCCUCCCCCUCCUACCUGGGGGUCAAAGGUCAGACAGGCUUAGGGUCAGAGGUCGCCAAACUAGGCCUCCUGGACUUCCUGGAGUCAGUGGGAGACUUUGGAAAGAUGGAGCGCUUUAGCCAGGUGAUUCAGGUGGCUCGCUGGGACCUGGAGGGGGAUCCUCAGGGGGAUCUACUGAGGGAUCGACUGGAUCACCUGGACCGACUGGAGAGUGUCAACAGGCAGGUGAAGCUGGCCCACAUCGCCAGGCUCCAUGAGAAGGGACUGGAUUUAGGCGAUCUGGGCAAGGAGGAUCUCUCUGAUGUUCUGGAUGAGAUGGGGAACGUGGAUAUGUCUUGGAAGCUGUAUAAGGGCCGGGGGGGGUCGUUGGGAGAUUCCCAGGAGUUCUCUGAUGCUGGAGUGGACCUGACAGCACCUUCAGACUGUGACGAGCCCCUGGUCUCACAAUCAGAGACCUCUUCACCCAUAGAGCCCCCACCGAGGCCCCCCAAACCCCCUGCCCGCUAUGCCAGCGUGAACUCUGAACUCCACACCUACAUCAACAUCAGCCGUGACAUCACACCCUCCGUUUCUGUCUGCACCUCUCCAUCCUCAUCCCCCACUUUCUACACCUUCAGGUGUGAGAAGGCCCUCCCUCCUUCCCCACGCUCCGUCCCCCCUCCUCUUCUCUGUCAGCCCAUCCCUUACUUUACUCUCUACAAAUCUUCCCCUCUCCCAUUCUCCCUCCCCUCCUCCACUCCCCCCAUCCCUCCCCCUCGGAGGAAGCCACCCUAGCCCGUAAGGAGGCUCAGCUCUCGCCACCCUCCAAGCAGGAUGCGGGAAGACCCCC